AGGUGUGUUUAGUUGGAGUGGGGUUUCGGAAGCGCUGUAUCUUCUCACUCUCACGGGCGCGUUGCCUCGCCUAUUGUUAAAUCCAACUCGUGAAUUUACCCUUUCCCUCAUUUUUAAUCGGAUACACGUUUGAAGGAAAAAGAAACGUUUAUGGUCCUGGCUGAAGAUUUCACGAUGUCUCGCACCGACGAGGUUCACCGCAUGACGGAAAAUGUCUAUAAGACUAUCAUGGAGCAGUUCAACCCCUGCUUACGGAACUUCGUUGCCAUGGGGAAGAACUAUGAGAAGGCCCUUGCCAAUGUGACGUUUGCGGCCAAAGGCUACUUUGAUGCUCUGGUGAGAAUGGGUGAACUUGCCAGUGAAAGUCAAGGAUCCAAAGAUUUGGGGGAUGUGCUGUUCCAGAUGGCCGAGGUCCACAGACAGAUCCAAGUGCAACUAGAGGAGAUGUUGAAAUCCUUCCACAACGAGCUGCUCUCUGAGCUGGAGAAGAAGGUGGACCUGGAUUCUCGUUAUCUGACUGCUGCCCUGAAGAAAUACCAGUUGGAACACAAGAACAAAGGGGAAAGUCUGGAGAAGUGCCAGGCCGAACUGAAGAAGCUGCGCAGGAAGAGCCAGGGCAGCAAGAACCCCUCCAAGUACGGAGAGAAGGAGAUGCAGUUUGUGGAGACCAUAAGCAGUAAGCAGACGGAGCUAGACACCUUCAUCGCUGAGGGAUACAAGACAGCCUUGUCUGAGGAGCGUCGCAGGUACUGCUUCCUGGUUGACCGCCAGUGUGCCGUGGCCAAGAACAGCAGCGCCUACCAUGGCAAGGGUAAAGACCUCCUGACCCAGAAGAUCCCAGUGUGGCAACAGGCCUGCUCAGACCCCAACAAGCUGCCAGAGAGGGCCAUGCUCCUGGCCCAGCAGAUGGGCUCUGUAGGCCUUGGGGGAGCAAGCCCCCUCCAUACUUCCAAAUCCAACUUGGUCAUCUCAGACCCUAUCCCCGGGGCCACGCCUCUUCCUGUGCCCCCAGAGCUGGCUGUUUUUAUGGGUGGUGGCCUGGGUCACCAAGCGAGGCUGAUUGGCCCUGAUGGUAUGUCCAUGGUAAAUGGGACAACAGGAGCCCAUGGGGAGGAAUAUUGGACUGACGGAGGGACUAUAUCCGUGUCCCAAGUCAGGCCGGCAUCCCCCCAGACCCAGCCACCGGGCCAGGCCCAGGCCCAGCCCCAGAGGCAGGUCAGCGAUGUCUACUCCAACACCCUUCCUGUCCGUAGGCCAGCCCCCGCCAAGAAUAAGAACCCCGUGGGAGAGACACGGACUCUGCCCAGGUCCAGUUCCAUGGCAGCAGGCCUGGAAAAGAACGGGCGUUCCCGUGUCCAGGCCAUCUUCUCCCACGCUGCAGGUGACAACGGCACCCUGCUCAGUUUCUCUGAGGGAGACGUAAUCACCCUGCUAGUGCCUGAGGCCCGCGAUGGCUGGCACUAUGGAGAGAAUGAGAAGAACAAGAUGCGUGGCUGGUUUCCAUUCUCCUACACACGUGUGCUGCCUGAAAGUGACAGUGAGAAGCUCAAAGUGAACUUGCACCAUGGGAAAAGUAGCAGCACAGGGAACUUGUUGGAGAGUGAUGCAUCGCUGCCCACACCUGACUAUGGCCUGACUGCCCGACUGCUGGCACAGAGCCUCGCUCAGACCCGCCCGCGCCCCUACAGCAUGGCAGCCUUCGGCACACAGCCUGCCAUUGAGGAUUAUGACGGCCGCUUUGCCACAAGUUUGGGUCCAGAAUUGUCCCGAUUCUGAGGGAACAGGACCUCCUGAUCGUUCCCUGGAGGUCUACCUCCGGCCCACCUUCACUGAUGACCGAUCCACACCCAUCUUCUACUAGCAGCCCGAUGCCCCCUUUUCUACAAAUGAGCCCUUUUUUAAAGGGGAGAGGGAAAAUGGCCAACGUUGGCACAUUUGAGUUGAGUUUGUGGUUUUAUCCCUAGAAGGCCAUGAAGUGUGUUACACUGCUAAGAAUUUAGUUUCUUAUCCGUAAAAAUGUGUUGGUUAAUUUCUGGUUUAUCAUCGUAAUUAUUUUUGCUAACUGUUCCACAUAAAUUGAAUGUCUCAGCCUGAACAUCCAAUCGCAAGCGUGAGAGUAAAUGUAUUAGUUUUUUUAGAUCAUGCCAGUUGUGGAUAAGGUAUGGCUUAUAGUUUUUUACUAUUAAUGCAGUCACAUAAUUAUUUAUCUGCACUUCAACUAUGGGAUUUCUUUUACACUAUACACUGUCAAUUUCCAUUGAGGAUUAUUUUCAUUUAUGAACAGAUGAGGAACACUGCAUUAGAUUUUGAAGUGGAGCUCGAGGGGAAAUAUGAUUGACAGUUUUAGUGCAUAAUAUGCACUGAAGUGUUGAUUGAUUGGUUACUGUCACAAAUAGCUAGAACUGGUCAGUUGGUAAGUAAACUAUAAUUCUUAUUUUGUUAAGUGAUAUAGUUAUAUAUAUUAACUAGUUGUGAUACAGUAAACCCAUAUGUUCAAUGUGGGAACUGUGCCUUCUAUCAUUUAUUUUGCUUCAUGCAGCAUUAACUAUCGUUAUAUAAAAUUAUUUGUAUUACAGUUAAACAUGUGUUUUUUCAUAUAUUCUUUAAAAUAUAAACAGGAUUAUUUUCCUUUUUUUGCUUAUAUUGUCAGCUUUGCUAUUCUUCCCUUCUCUUUAGAAAUGUACUAAUAUCGAAGCUGCCGGAUAGCCAGUGCAUACAUAAUGGGUCUUUUUUUAUAUUUAGCUUUGAGGGAGUGGUAGCUUAAGGUACAGUAUUAUUGUAGCUUUUGAUUGUUCAUUCUCAGUAUUAUACACUCAUCUGGGAGAAAAGCUUAGAGCAGAGAUUUAUCCACAGAUCUUUGGGCAAAGGAAUGGAACUGAAUUUACUGGAAAGGCAAUAAUGUUCAUGAAUAUGUGAGUGAGCUAAAAUGCCUCUUAGACUGCAAGAAAUCAACAUUUACAUCAUCAAAAGUACAUUUUCCAUGGAUGACUUACACUGAGGGAUAUGAUCAGCUUUUAUUAAACAGCUUAGUUGGGCAGCAAGUUUCAAAUGCAUUUUUUUUUUUUACUUUUUAUAUAGCUUUCAUUGUUUUCAUUUCUUACUUUUGUCCCUGUUUGUAUUAUAUCUGUACUGUACAGAAAGUGCAUAUAAAUUAUCUUGUCCAAAAUAAAUCUAAAUGGGCAGAAACGUCA